AUGACGCCCAUGUGCAGCAACAAUCCAUCCAUAGAUACUGCUGAGGAAAGUAAAAAUGAAGAAAUGGACAGGGAGUAUUACAGUUGUAUAAAGAACUGUGCCAAUGAUUUGCAGAAUUUGUCUUUAAAUUUUUUUCCCGCAAUAAAUACGUACACGUGCAUUCCCAAAAUAAAUGCCAUAAAUUCGAUAACGUUUCACCCAUGUAUUUCGAGCGAAGAUUAUUUUAACAACACGUAUUCGUUCAAGCCGUUGUUCACGCACCACUUCUUUAGUGAUAGCGAGCAGGUCAUCGGAUUCGACAGUCUCAAAAUAGACUUCUACUACACAUGUGAUAGUUACGAUGUUUUUAUGAAGCUAAGCGGGUCCAUAUGCGACCAGUAUGAAAAUUCAAACUACAUCAUGCUGAUGCUUUUGCAAAGUUUGUACAUUACGACCCCGUACCCAGGUGGGUUCAUUGAAACGGAGGAGGAGUUUCUAAAAAUUCUUAGAAGAAACGAAGGGGCAGAACAAAAUGAACAACAGAGCAUAGUGAAUGAGAAGACUAAAACGAGCAGCGCCAACCAAGGUGCCGAACUAACUCAAGAAAAAAUUUACAAACCUCCCGGGUUUAUCAUUUACGAAAAAAAACUCUGUGAUGAUAUUUAUUUGCAAAUAAGGAAGUGUGGGUUCUCUUCAGAAUAUUUUAAAAUGGAAAGUAUCAACUGUGUGGACGGGGAGGAGGAUGAACUGGAUGACGAUUAUGAUGAUGAGGAGGAGGACGUUGGGGGUGUCUAUCAAAACGGCAUUACAGACAUGGUUCAAAAUGAAGGUACUAACGGGGUGAAAAAUGAGAUCACGCUUCCUAAUGGUCAACCAUGUAGUCUCCCCCCAAAUGAAAAGAGUGAACAGAAAAAGGGGAACUUAUCUAAGGAGAUAAAGAGUGAAAAUGAGACCAAUACCAAAGGAGUAGAAAUUAACAACACGUCCUUACAUCCCAAUGGUAAUCAUAACAUAAAGGAGGAAUUUCCAAAUGAGCCAUGUGAGGAUGAAAGGAAGGGUGAAGGGAACGGAGCUGACACGGCAAAAUACAUCACUAAUGAAGAUAACUGUGGCAGUAGCACUAUGUCCAACGAAUUGAACAAGGACGUGAUCAGUAAGAAGAGCGAUUCGAAGACUUCCUUUGUUGACUCCUGCAUAGGAAGCAAUGAGGAAUCCAUAUCAAACAAGGAAAUGAUAAAAAAAGAAAAGGAGGAAAACGACCUCCCCCCAGGUGCUGAAAUUGACGGCGCUGGUUCUGAUAAUGAUGAUUCGCUCAUCGAAUCGAAGAAGGCAAAAAAUAACCUCACGAAAUAUGUUACCGAGAGGGACAUGUCUAAACUUUACCGACACUACUUACGCAUCGUGAGGGCCAAGAAGAGAAGAAGCCUCAUUGCGAAGGCUGCCACCGUGAAGGAGAAGUCCUCCCCUAAGAAAAAGUCGCAGAAGAAAAACUCUUCGGCAGGGUCUGCACUGGAGGCAGGACAGACGAACGGGGGGAACGAACCGAAUCAGCUAGGUGUAACUACCCAGUUGAGCGUGACAACCGAAUCGGCAGCGCCUCUCGAUCCGAGUUGUCCAAAGGGAACUUCACAAAAGGGAGAAAUUUCGCCGAACCAGUCAGUGGCCCCAAAGAAGGGUGGUUCCCCAAACAAACCGGUAGAGCCGUCUGUGCAAAACCCACCUAAUGAGAAAGAAACGAACAAAAGGAAGAAAAAAAACGUUAGAGAAGAACUCCCUGGGGAAAAGUACGACUACACAGUUAAGAACAACUUUGAGUUGCUCCACAGGAAGGUAGAGUGGUUCUAUCACUGGUUCAUAGAAAGCGCCUCUAACAUUGAAUACGACUACAGGUGGAGCGUCAUACUACCAUAUAUAGUGUUCAAGCAUGAUGAGGAAAAGAAGUUCACGGAAAAUAAAUUCAUCGAGAAUUUAAACGUGCAGCUACUUAAGAACCGAAGCACUAAUGUAAGCAUACGUCCCAGUAUAAAGUUGGACUCUAUGUUACCUACCACAAGUAUGGCAAUGGAUAAUAAGGAAGAGUCCCUCCCCACGGGGAUGGAAGUAGAGGAUGGAAACAAGAAGAAACUCAAACGAGGAGCAACAGAUGCAACGAAGGAAAGGAAGGAUGUUAAGAAAAGGAAGAAAGGUCAGGGGGGAGAAGCAGAAGAGGGUGGUGUAGAAAACUCAGAGGAGCAGACAGAUCAGUGUGACCAAAACCAUCAACGUGUUGGAGAGUGUAAAAAUGAACAAUGGAAUGAUGAGCAAAAGGGGAAGGAGCAAGACGAAGUAAUGGUGAAGAAGGAAGUUCAGGAUGACAAGAAGAAGAAAAAGAACACAAGGAGUAGUAGUAAAGAAGGAGAGAAAAUUCAAGAAAAUCACAACGGUGAUAAAACGGAUCCAAUGUUUGACCCAAACGAGUAUGUCCUUACCAGCGAGAUCGUUAUUAAGGCGAUUGAAAAUACACUGAACGAUGUACGAAGUAAGGAUGAAGAGGAAUAUUACUCAUUCCACAAAAAUUACGACGUCAUUUAUUUGUACUCCGAUUUGGAGAAAGGCGGGGCAGAAGCAUCGAAUGGAGGAAGGGAUGAACUGACCAAAGGGGUAGUAGAAAAUGUACAACCAAUAACCGACGUGAAGGCAGAAAAGAAGACAAAAGGGAAAAAGGGAUUAGUCACAAGAGGGAGAAAAGGAAUACAACUCAAGGAGGAAGAAAUAGUGAAAAACGUUACAAAUGAUCAAGACAGAGGGAAGAAAAAUAAUAAAAAUAAGAAUAAAAAUACAGAUAAAAACAAGGAAAAAAAUACAGAUAAAAAUAAGGAAAAAAGUACAGAUACAAAUGAGAAACAAAGUCUAUACUAUUUUUACCUCUUCGGAUUGGCAACGACCUACACCUUUUUUACUUUCCAAUUUGAUCGAAACAGAAUUUCCCAAUUUUUAAUUUUUCCACCGAUGCAAAGCAAAGGAUUGGGAAUGAAAGUGCUGGAAAAAAUUUACCACUUAUCUAUAGUCAAUUCGAACGUGAAGGAAAUUACUGUAGAGGAUCCAGCCGUUUCAUUCACCCAGCUGAGGGAUAUCAUCACCAUUAAGAUGUGUAUCGACUUGAGGAUUCUGAACCCCACCAUCCUCUACCCAAGUGAUUAUUUAAAAACAAAAAAUAUCGACAAGGAAGAUGUCGAACUGGAUAAAAAAAAGUUUAUGAAGGUAUGCAAGGAAACACAUAAGCAGAUUACUAGGAUGAUUGAAACAUUGUUAUUGGCGGGUGUUUUGCCACAUCCUGCUCCUUGCUAUGCCGAUAUUGGGGAAGAUAAAGUCUCGGGCUUUAGGAAGAAGGAGAAGAAAAACGAAAGUCCGGUUUGCCUCAAUUCGAUGGAGCAUUUCGAGUCAUCCGAUUUGUGCAAAGAUGUUCGCAUCAAAAUUAAGAAACGCAUUAAAAAUGACUACAUCGGGAAUUUGAUUAAUAAGAAUAUGAACUGCAUGGCCAGCGACGUGUUCCAGGAUUAUGUAAUGGGGAGAGUAGUUGGGGGAGCGGAGUGA